AGUCAUAAAACAAAAUAUCGAAACGGAAUAUCGUGUAUGAAUCCCUCUUUGAUAUUUGUAGUUUCUUUCGGCAUCCUGAUUGGAUUUUUACUUUUUUUGUUUGCCACUCAAGAGCACAUUCAAAAGUUCCUCCCAGUCGUAUUGAAGCAAGUAAAGAUCAACUGUACAUCGUUUCUCAAUGAAAUUGAUCCACCCUACCCUGCUAUACUGAUCGAUACCGAUAUUCUCGAAGCUAUUAAGGAAGAUAACUGCAGUGUGGUGCCUAGAAAGAUCAGAGUAGGAGUAGACAUUGGAUAUGCAGAUGCUGUAAAACACGUGAUAUCUUCUCGGUACGACACUGUACUCUUUGAGAAUUCUAUGGAAAAGGACUAUCUGCGGUUCUUCGACAGAGAUAUUCGGAUCAUACCAAGAGAACCCCUCAUCCUGCACAAUAACUUCGCCAUUCCCACAGACAUCGAACACUUUCUUGAGUAUUGGAAGCGUUCAAAACUUAUCGAAUGUAUCAAUAUGAAAGUAGAGCGUGACUCAAGUGCGCGCUAUCUUCCCAAGGAUAAAACGCUGAGAAUGAUGUCAACGCUUAUGAGGUAUCUGGUCUCGUUCCACAUAUAUCCGUUCCUCAACGGUGGCACACUAUUAGGAUGGUUCCGAGAGUGUGACAUCAUACCGCAUACAAUGGACAUCGAUUUCGCAGCAUUCGUGGAUGAAUACAAGCCAGAAGUACUUGAACAUUUGCAGAAAAAUCAAACAACAUUUUAUUUGACGCGAAAGUUUGGAAAGCCGAAUGAUUCCUAUGAAUUCACACUUAGGCCGCGAGAUCGCAGCCUUCCUAUAAUGGAUCUUUUUUGGAUGUAUAGUUCCGGAAACGAGUCAUGGGUUGGAGGUUCCUCAUCUGACGGUGGGAAGUUCAAAUACACGUAUCCGAGAAUCAGUGAUAUAUGUGCGGGAGACCUAUUCGGCCACAUCUUUUGGGUUCCGUGCAAUUCUGAGUCAAUUGUUGUGACGGAAUAUGGUCCUGAGUGGUAUAAAGAUCACCCUACAGCAAAUUUCUCGUGGUUUUCGUCCCAUUACAAUGUCAAGAAAAAUGGAAAGUGGAGCGCCAAGGAGUUGGAACAAUUUCUAUUUCCGAAAAUUCCUGUCUCUUGCGGACACAAUUUGAAAGAAAUACAAGAAAUGUACGUAACACGAACAUUGUGCCAACCGUAUGCUAAAAAUGUUUGUAAGAAUUACACCAGCGUGAUCGGCACUAGGAUAGAUGAAAAUGGAGAUAUAAAAGCAGAUGAUCAAUUUCUGGAAACGGUUCUUGCUGAAGGGGCAACUGAUGAAAAAUUCCAAAUUUGUCAGGAGUUAUACAGUACCGAAAGACAUUACAUCAAUAAUCUCAAACUUUUACUGAAGUUAGAAGAUGUACUACUUGAAAAAAUUGACAAGGAUAAAGUCAAUGUUGACAAGACCAGAAUAAAACACAUAUUCGGAAAAAUACAACCAAUUGUUGAUCUUCAUGAAAAGAUCUGUCAUGAAUUAGCUGAUCUUAUUGAAAACUGGAACGAUGAGAAGUGCGAUGUUGCAAAGAUAUGGAUUAAUGCCAACAGCGAACUACUGCGGAUAUAUCCGACUUAUCUCAACUUUUGUGAUGAAGCGAGAAAAGACUUGAUCGAUGCAUGCGAACAGUAUCCACGACUACGAGCACUUGUAAAGGAACAAGAGAAGUCGCCUGAAUUUCGUAGGCAGCGAGCCGUUGACAUAAUGACGUUUCCGGUCCAACGUCUUGCUGGCGUCAAACUCCUCCUUGAAAAAUUGCACAAGAAGUCAAGUGGUAAAGAAGUAGAGCUCAAAAACGCUAUCGAAACUGUUGGAAAUGUUCUAAAGCAUUCUAAUAACGUUAAGCUGGAAAACGACGUACUCAUUUCUCAGCUCAGACUACUUCAAGAAGUUGAAGGAAUACCUAGUGAAAUUGUCUACGCUUCUCAUGUUCUGGUUUAUGCCGUGGAAGUGCAGUUUAUUUGCGCAACAAAUAGAAAGAAGCUGAGCAGCAGAGAUUCCGUUUUAAGGCUCACGCUGUUCAGCGACGGCGUGGUACUGGUGUGCAACUGCAGUUACCGCAAAAUACCUAACUGGAUUACGAGAACCCGUGCCACAACAACACUGUGUAAAAUGUGGAAGAAGCCUUACAAAUUUUUGACAACACUGAAAGUGGAUCAAUUUCGCAGCAUAAUGUUCGUACACUGCCUAAAAAGGAAAGAGAACACUUGUGCACUGGAGCGUAGUCCCGUAUGCUGCUUGAAAAUUCGGGAAAAGUUGAGCGAUAAUGAGUGGUUUGUGGCUGUAGAAAAUCCCAUAGAAAUGGAUCAGUUUGCUGGAGCUCUUGAAAGAAUGAUUAUGAAAAAAAUGACGAGAAGUUUGAGCUUGCACAUGGAGAUGAGUUUUUGGGAAGUCCCUAGUGAAUGCAAAAGCACAGUCAGAAAAGUUUUAGAGGCAGGAAAAUUCAUAAUUAGCGAAGAGGACGAUUGGUAUGAUCGGUCUAGACUGACCAAAGGUUCGAAGGAAAGCGCGCAAACAUCAUCAUCGCACAAGUCAAGUAUAAAAAGUUUCUUUGAUACUUUAAAAGGCAGACGAAAAAACAAAGAGCGAUUAGGGUCAAACAAGUUCAAUCGUCGUCAUACUCUGGAACCACGUCAGAUCCAAUUCUCCCCGAUAAGAGAAGAGACUUAAAUCAAAGCAAAUAUUAUAAUCAAUUACUGAUCUCGUCUAAGUCGAAAUAAAAUGUUUCACU